AUGGAAGAAGAUUCUUCUCAAGCGAUAGAUGCGCCAACAACAACUUCAAAUGUGUCAGGCCAGUUUAGUUUUAUCAAAUUACUGACUGAUUCUGACAGCGAGUGUGUUUCCAAGCCAGUUCAAGAUGAUCAUAGUCUAGAAGCUAGUGACCGUCUAGAAUUAGCAGCGGAAAAAUCUGUAGCAGUGGAAAAACUAGAAAAUAAUGCCUCGAAAGCUUAUUUUUUGGGAAUCUACAGCACUGAAGUCAACGCUAGAAUCUCCACUCGCACCGUUAAGAUCAGUUUUGUUCCUAGAUUAAUAGAAUUGAUGACUUCGACUGAAACUUCCAGACAUUGUCUUAGACAAGUAAAAUUGCUCCAGGACAUGUUUAGAACAUUUUCAUCUCGAAAUUUCAUGUUUACAAUUUCUAGACAUUCUCUAAGGCAAACAUUAUUAUUAUUGACCCUGGAAAUGUUUGGAAAUCUUUCAAUAGCAAGUUCUCAGUUAGAAACUUCUAGAUAUUGUCUAAGAAAAGCGAAAGUUUUCACUAGACAUAUUUGGAAGAUUCUCACUUGCUAGUUUUUUCAGCUCGAGAUUUCUAGAUAUUGUCUAAGGCAAGUAAAAUUGUUCCCUGGACAUAUUUGGAAAUUUCAAUAGCUAGUUCUUUGUUUGAACUUCUAGAUAUUGUCUAAGUCAAGUAACAUUGUUCCCUGGACAUAUUUGGAAGCUUCUUACCUUCUAAAUAGAGUUUAAAACCAAGUAACAUUGUUUCUGAACGUAUUUAGAAUUCGAUGCCUAGGAAAUUGUGCCGAUUUGACUAUUUUUCCGUGUUUUUGCUAGAAUUUUGAGAAUUUUUGUAAUUCCCGAACUUCCAAAAGUUUGUUUGCAUCUAGUUAUUGUCCAAGAUAAGUAACAUUGUCUUUGGACUUAUCUAGAUAAAUUUCAAACGGCAAAUUCUCGAAGAACAAGUUAUCUUGACCAUUUUUUUGUGUCAAUUUUUCUAGAAAUUUGAGGAUCGAAAACUCCCCGAAUUCUUGCUCCUUUGGAACAUUACCUCCGAGUAUUUAGGCAUUGUAAAAUUAUGCCCAGAUACCUUUGGUUUGUCUCCAGUAGGAACAAUCUACUAGAAACUUAAAUGUCUCUACAAGUCGAAUAUGUGUGAGUAGGAAUUCCCAUUUUCUCCCACUGGGUUUUUUCUACGGUACCCUACCCGCUGGUUCGCCUCUCUUUUUUCUUUCAACCUUUUAACCACGUUUUCUGUCGAAACCGGCAAGGCUGCCUUCCGGGCCCCCCAAUGUCGCGGACGCUGCGAACAAGGCUGAAAAGAGAAAGAAAAAGAAGAGAGAAAUAAUAAAUAUUCAAACAACCGCGAGGGUCUCGUAGCGCCUACAGUAGUUUGUGUGUCGCUCCUUUAAAUCGACGUCUCCUUUUUUGGGUUCCGGCGUUUUUAGGCCAGUUGAAGAAAACCAGAAGAAUUCCGAGUUUUUAGCCUCGAAUUGCUGACGUUUAGCACGUCAGACUUCUGUCUAUUAUUCUGCCUAGAACUGCUGAUUCGCUAGAAGUUGGGAUCCUAGAAGUCACCUUCUACCAGUCGUUGUUCCCUAGGAACUUCAGGUUAGUGAAAGUAUUUGCUAGGGCAAGUUAUAGUUAGAGCGCUGCUAGACCUUUAAACUCUCCCAAUUUCAAACACCACUUUCAGUUUAACAAGGAAGGAAUUCGAGUAUAAGUCUUUUACUAUGCCCUGAAUAAAUUCUUUUGUUUUAUAAAAUGUCUUCUUUUAUUUUUACACCACUUUCGGAGGUUUUCCGAGAUAAAUAUGUUCUCAUGUCGCUCUGUCAUUUGGCCGGUAGUUCCUACUAUUCUCAAUCAUACCACUGAACCGUUUUCAAUCGUCGUAUUCACCACCGCUGCUGCGACAACUACUGUACUUUUCAGAUUACUGUAUUUCUAGCGAUUUUUAGCGCCAAUUUCUCUACAGUACUCCCCCAAAAUUCCAGGCAAAACCUCGCAAACUUUCCACGUCAUCAUCCACACAAACAAUGUCGAUUUCGCCGCCAAAAAAACCGCAAAUCAAAUCGCCACGUCACCACAAAACACGUCAUCAUCAUCAUCGCCAACACCAGCACAAACCAGCUCUUCAAUUAUCGCAUUCCACGUCGCCGUCGCCAAUGUUUCCAGUGGGAAGUGUUGAGAAGCGCAAAAAUCGAAAUCGAAGCAAAUCGCGUGCCGCCAAAUCCCGAUUCCAGCCAAAUAUUUUCGAAGAAGCUGAUGAAACACAAUCGAUGGGCGGUGGAAUUGGUGAGGAUGCGGGCGAAUUUCAGGAUGAUUGGAAGAGGAAUCCGCCGGUGAGAAGGAAAUCUGAAACACAAAUUGAUGAUAGUGAUUGUAAUAGUAGUUCGAAAGGUGUGAUUGUUGGUGGAAAAAAAUAA